AUGGUCGUCGUAGCAGUAGCCGGCGGCACCGGCAGCAUUGGUCGAGCGAUUGUCGAGGCGAUCGUAGCUGAUGGAGAAUUUGAAGUUAUCGUACUCAGCCGAAAGGUUGACUUAGAGCUGCAGAAGAGCCUCGGCGCUCGUAUACUGCCUGUUGACUACUCAGAUGUCGGCUCAUUAACAUCUCUCCUGCAAGACAACGAUGUCCACACGGUUAUUUCCGCGCUCGGGGGACGAACCCCUCCAGAUUGUGAGCGCAGCCUCAUUCAAGCGGCUGAGCGAUCCAGCGCGACCAAACGGUAUAUCCCCAGCGUCUACGGCGUCAAGUACCCUCCGGAGACGUCCUGGUUCCCCAUAGCCGCGGCGAAGCUUUCCAUCUUCGAAGCCCUAGAGAAAACGAACCUCGAAUGGACAGCGGUCUGCAACGGCUUCUUCCUUGACUAUUAG